AUGAGGAUGCUGGUCCCGGCGCCAUACCAGGUGCCGGUAAAGAAGGACAAGAAGAAGAACAAGGAGGCAGAAAGUGGCCUCCACCAUGAAGGUACCUCAGACGCUAUGUCCGGAGGGUCCGAGGCUCCCUCCUCUCACGAGGGAGAUGAAAACGAGGACGAGGAGGAGGAGGAAGAAGGUAACCCUCCUCUCAAAUGGAAAAAGAGGGUGGCCUCCGCAGACCCGGAGGCGAGGGCACCCAAGAGGGGAAAGCUAUCCCUUUCGGAUGACUCGGAUUCGGACGCCGAGGAUAUCCCCAAGCCCCGCCCCCGGAUCAAGCCCCUUGCCGAAUCUCCGGCCCGCGAUCUCCCUCGACAAUCCUCCUCGUCAGGGGAUUUGCCACCGGAGAAGAUAGAGAGCGAGACGCCUCCGCAAGCCGCGGAGGUUUCUGAACUAAAGCAGAAACUGAAGCUGGCCGAUGAGGACAUUGUCCUCAUUAACAAGCGGCUCAACGAGGCGCAAGAUGGCGCUGCCGAGGUCGAGACCCUCACGGAUUUGAAGGCCGAACAGGCCACCCAGCACCAGUUCGAGGAGCAGAUAUCUGCAGUAGAGCAAGAGCUCAAGGACGCCGCCCGCAAGUGCGAGUCCCUCGAGAAGGAGAAUAGAGCCAAUGCAGCCGAACUCGCCAAAGCCCUUCAGGAGGCCAAAGACGCGUGGUCCAAAUCCAGAUUGGCUCGCGAGGAGAUCCGUCAGGCCGGACAGAUAGCGGCUGGUAAGCCCUUUCUUUUACAGACUAAGUUUGGCGAUCAGAGAUAUGCCUUGCUUAAUCGACUAUGGAGUUCUCUAGACGCUUUUGCGGAUCUUCCGAAGAGUGCCGCCGACGCCGCGCAAUUCUUCCAGGCUCAGGAGCGACAUGCGACGGAGAAGCCAUUCUGGUCACAGUUCGCGGCGUAG